GGAAAAUCUACCGAAACGGCUUCUCGGAGUAUCGUUCUACUGGUGGCUUCGCAUCGAGCACCACAGAUCGUCGCGUACAGCACAGGCACAUUCACGACCGCGGCGUGCAGCCAGAGCACGACAGACACCAAAAAUCUGAAACAUGCCUCUCGUCCUCAUCUCAGGAUAUCCGUCCGCGGGGAAGACCACGCGCGCCCUCCAGUUCAAGGAGUACUGUGCGUCCAAGAUCGCCGAUACCAGUGCCGAUGCGCGCGCCAGCCGGCUGAAGGUGCACCUCAUCAACGACCAGACGCUGGGAGUCUCGCGCACCGUCUACCACACGGCCAGGGCCGAGAAGGAUGCGCGUGCGGAGGAAUAUUCUGCCGUAAAGCGAGUGCUCUCGCGCGACGACAUAGUUAUCGCCGAUGGCCUGAACUACAUCAAGGGCUUCCGCUACCAGCUGUACUGCGAGGCAAAGGCCGUGUCGACGCCGAGCUGCGUGGUGCACAUAGGCACGCCCGCCGACAAGUGUCGCGAGAUCAACACGGCGCUGCUGGCCGACAAGGACAAGGAUGGCGGCUACGAGGAGGACGAUUUUGAGAACCUGAUCUUCAGGUACGAGGAGCCGAACGGCAUGACACGGUGGGACAGUCCGCUGUUCAUCGUGGUGCAAGAAGAUGAGACUGCUUGGUGCGACCAGGUCUGGGACGCCCUCGUAGGCAGUGACGGGAAGGCCAAAGUUGUCAGACCUCACCAGGCGACGGUGCUGAAACCUGCAACCGAGCAGAACUAUCUCUACGAGCUGGACAAGACCACUUCCGACAUCAUCGCGCAGAUAACGACGUACCAGAAGGACCAUGCUGGAGAGGGCGGUGGACAAAUUAAGGUGCAAGACGUCGAGCGGCCUCUGGAGCUGCCAGCGACGCCAAUGACACUACCGCAGCUGCAGCGCAUCCGCCGCCAGUUCAUCACCAUGAACCGGUCGCACAGCUUGUCAAAAGCACGAAUCAGGGAGGUCUUCGUUGACUUUCUCAGCAGCGAAUUCCAGCGCUAGACGGCGG